AUGGCCAAGGCUCUUAUAAGCUUAGUCAUAUUGUCGUCACUUCUCUGCAAGUUCACAGUUGGUACAGGAAGAACAACCGAUCUUUCUGCUGCCAUUAAUGCAACAGCACCAGCAGCUGCUCCAUUUGCACUCUCUCUCGGUGACGAUGAAGAUGGUGGCAUUUGUGAUCUCCUGGUCACAAAUCAAGGCUACAUCUGUGAAGAGCACACGGUGACAACUUCAGAUGGUUACAUACUGAGUUUACAGAGGAUCCCAGUUGGGAUUUCAGGUGGCAUAACCCCAGGGAAAAGGACACCAGUCCUUCUGCAACAUGGAGUGUUAAUGGAUGGGAUGACAUGGCUGCUUCUGCCUCCAAGCCAGGCCCUAGCAUUUGUUUUGGCCGAUAAUGGUUAUGAUGUAUGGAUCGCCAACAGUCGAGGAACAAAGUAUAGCCGCGGCCAUGUCUCACUCACCACAGAUGACAAAGAUUACUGGAAUUGGUCAUGGGAUGAGCUAGUGAACUAUGAUCUUCCAGCUACAGUUGAUUAUGUUCAUAACCAAACUGGGGAGAAAUUGCAUUACAUUGGACACUCACAGGGGACUUUGAUAGCUCUUGCUUCCUUAUCAAAGGGUCUGUUGAUGGACAAGCUGAGAUCAGCUACAUUGCUUUGCCCCAUUGCAUAUCUUGGUCAGAUGAACUCCUUCCUGGCCAGAGUUGGUGUUGAUCUAUUCAUUGCCAAGGUAAAUUUUUUCUCAAGUUCUGCUAUUUUCAAUGGAAACAGGAUUGAUGUUGCAAACUUGCUUCACAACAUCUGCAAUGUACCUGGUGUAGACUGUGGAGACCUGAUGACUGCAAUUACAGGUCAGAAUUGCUGUCUGCAAUCUUCCACAGUGGACCUGUUUCUCAAAUAUGAACCACAACCUACAUCAACGAAGAACAUGAUCCACUUUGCACAGAUGGCAAGGCGAGGAACGUUGGCGAUGUACGAUUACGACGACGAAUACGAGAACAUGAACCACUAUGGACAACCUAGCCCUCCAGAGUACAGCAUGACCACCAUUCCCGACGACUUCCCUCUCUUCUUCAGCUAUGGAGGGACCGACACGCUUUCGGACAAAAGCGAUGUGAGGAUCCUGCUGGAUGUGCUGAAGGGCCGUGAUGAUAGCAAUGGCAAGUUCAUGACUCAGUAUGUGAAUAACUAUGCUCAUGCUGACUAUGUCAUGGCUGAUGCUGCUAAAGAGGAAGUUUAUGAUCUCGUCCUGACCUUCCUCAAGCUUCAUUGA